AUGCUUCGUUAAUGCUUUGUUGCGCUUCGGAGUAUUUAGCAAGUUUCUUUUCUUUUCAAAAAGAGCCCGUAUUGCUGAGAUUCCGCUUAAGAGUAGGCCCGGGAGGAGGGUCUUUCCUUGGGCUUUUGUUUCGUGGCGGCUGCGCCCUAAGCAUGGAUUCAACUUCGCGUAUUUUAGCAAAAAAAAAAAAAAUGCUGUAUUACAGUAUGAAAAGCCCAGUGUUUUGGUGAUGGCGGAGAGAGAAUUUGUGUAACAUAUUUAGGUGGUGCUGUGUUAGAGCGUAGAUGUGGGAAACCUGAGAUUAUGAAGCAUGUCUCCCUGAUGUAUGUCCUAGCUAGCUCGCUACAUUCGGGCAGCGUAUGUUUUUGGGUAGCAACUGUACUGUUUUACAAGAAAGAAACGAACAUGGGACGUGAAGAAAAAGCCUGAAGGUGUAUUAGCUAUCAGACAUUUGUGUACAGGUUGGAAUUUGAAACUUAAAAUUGACCAGUAUGGAAGCUGCAGCUAUUCUUCCUAUCCUGAAGAAAAGACUGGCAUUUUUGUCAGGAGGCAAGGACAGACGCAGUGGCCUGAUCCUGACCAUCCCGCUGUGCUCGGAGCAAACCAGCAUGGAGGAGCUGAGCUCUACGCUUGACUACCUGCUUAGCAUCCCGAGUGAGAAAUGCAAAGCGAGAGGAUUCACUGUCAUUGUGGAUGGAAGGAAGUCGCAGUGGAACAUCGUGAAGACUGUUGUCCUGAUGUUGCAGAAUGUCAUACCAGCAGAGGUGUCCUUGGUGUGUGUUGUGAAGCCUGAUGAAUUCUGGGACAAGAAGGUCACCCAUUUCUGUUUCUGGAAAGAGAAGGACAGGCUUGGAUUUGAGGUUAUUCUUGUGUCUGCCAAUAAACUUACACGGUACAUUGAGCCUUGUCAGCUGACGGAUGAGUUUGGGGGCAGUCUUGUGUACGAUCACAUGGACUGGCUAAACAAAAGGCUGGUCUUUGAGAAGUUCACCAAGGAGUCCACAUCCCUGCUGGAUGAACUUGCGGUCAUCAACGAGACUGAGGCAGGGAACCAUCCAGACAAAGAAAGACCCACAGACUGUAGCUUUCUCCCGUCCUUUGACCCAGAAACUGUACUCCAGACUGGCCAUGAGCUGCUGUCAGAGCUACAGCAGCGCCGCUUCAACGGUUCUGAGGGCGGGACAGCCUGGUCGCCCAUGGAUGACGAGCUGCUGGCUCAGCCCCAGGUCAUGAAACUGCUGGAUUCACUGAGGGAGCAGUACACCAAGUACCAGGAGGUGUGUCGUCAGCGCAGCAAGCGCACACAGCUGGAAGAGAUCCAGACCAAGGUCAUGCAGGUUGUGAAUUGGCUGGAGGGCCCUGGCACAGAGCAGCUCCGCGCACAGUGGGGGAUCGGCGACUCCACCAGAGCCUCCCAGGCACUGCAGCAAAAGCACGAGGAGAUCGAAAGUCAGCACAGUGAGUGGUUUGCUGUCUACGUGGAGCUGAACCAACAGAUCGCAGCGCUGCUCAACGCAGGGGAUGAGGAGGACCUGGUGGAGCUGAAGGGACUGCAGCAGCAGUUGAGCGACGUCUGCUACAGACAGGCUAGCCAGCUGGAGUUUAGACAGAACGUGCUGCAGUCUGCCCAUGAUUUCCACAGCACUGCUCAGGAUUUGUCUCAGCAGCUGGACGGGUUGUUGGGGAUGCUCUGUGCAGACGUGGCCCCCGCCGAUGGAGCUGCUGUGCAGCAGACGUUGAAGCACCUGGAGGAAAAACUAAAAAGCGUUGAGGGUGCUCUGCAAGUCUUGAGAGAAAAGGGUCAAAUCCUUCUUGAGCAGAUCUCUAAUCAGACAUCAUGGUCAUACGGGAAGGAUAUCACAGUCAAAAACAAGGAAAGCAUAGAUCACAUACAAAGCGUCAUGGAGGACAUGCAGCUGCGGAAACAAAGAUGUGAGGACAUGGUGGACGUAAGGAGACUGAAGAUGCUCCAGAUGGUUCAGCUCUUUAAGUGUGAAGAAGAUGCUGCACAGGCAGUUGAAUGGCUGGGAGAGCUUCUAGAUGCUCUCCUGAAAACUCAUAUCAGACUAGGAGACGAUGCACAGGAAACCAAAAUAUUAUUGGAGAAACACAAAAAAUUUGUGGAUGUUGCACAGAGUACAUAUGACUAUGGGAGGCAACUCCUGCAGGCCACUGUGGUCCUAUGCCAGUCUUUGCGUUGCACCACACGCUCAUCAGGUGACACUCUGCCACGCCUCAAUCGCAUCUGGAAACAGUUUUCUGUCACAUCUGAGGAAAGGGUGCAGCGGUUGGAGAUGGCCAACUCCUUCCACAUUGCAGCUGAGAAGAUCCUGACAGAUUGCGUGGAACAGCCUGAGAUUGGUAUGGAUUUGGAGACAUAUGAGGAGGUGGAAGCAGUGGGGAAAGCUCUUCUGGACAGACUGACUAUACCUGUGGUUUUCCCUGAUGGGAGCGAGCAGUACUUCGGAAGCCCCAGUGACAUGGCCUCCUCUGCAGAGCACAUCCGGGACAAGAUAAAGCUGGUGGAGGAAAGGAGGCUUCAGCAGCAGGAGGCAGGGCAACAUCUUGAUGAGGCUCUUGAGACGGCCUCCCUUGGCAGCUAAUGGGGCCUCUGCAGCAGGGGACCUGACUGUUGCAAGUUGGAAAGAGAGAGAGCCCGGUCAUUCUAAGGGUAUCACCGCAUUCCUUCCAUCUCUGUUCUGGUCUGUCUUGCCAAGCCAUAUUAACCUUCUCAUGUGGAAUUAAGGAUUGUGGGCUCUUCCGCGCUUGCAUACAGAGCAGUAAGGAAAAGUACUGUUUGCACUGAUCUCUUCCUCCCAAAGCUUUACCUGGCCUGUUACUUGUCCUUUGCUGACAGGUGACACAAGCUUCCAUGGUGCUACUAAACCUGUAGAAUGUAUAGAAAGCACCCUCUGUAUUUGGUAUUCCCCGGUGCUUUAGAUUUCUAGGCCUUAGGCAGAUUUCCUGUUUGUAGACAGUAAGCAUUGUAUUUUAUAAGUUUUAAUUUUUUUUUUUUAAAUAUAUAUAUCUUUGACGGUUGCUGCAAUUUUUGUAGUGUGCCACAGUUCGCAGACCCUGCCUCCUAAAAGCCUUUGAUACUGGCAUAAACUUACUGUUUUAAGUAAAUAUGGAUUGUAUAUUAUGCAAAUACAAGCAGAGUUAACCAGCUUUUAAAGAUGUGCAGAUUGCUGUUAUUCUUGUGUACAUCCAUGUACAAAAUUAAAGGAAAGCUUUGCUAGAAAAUGUGGAUUAGAACUGUAAAAGCUUUUUAAAUUAAAAUUAUGGGAAUUAUAUUCAGUCUAUUCAUAAUUGUCAUUUUAAAGUAUACUCCCUUUGCAUCUUAAAGCAUGCUAUUAAAAAUUAAAUUCUAUAUUUAUUUCCGGUUGUUUUUAUUUGUAAAUUGAUGUGAUUUUUAAAAAUGUAGUGCCACAUACAUUUUAAGUUUCCAAAGUUAAUUGUGAAUUUUAUGAAAAACUGGCCCAAUACAAAUAAAUACGCAAACAUCUGAACAAA